UCAAAAUGGCGGAAAAGUUGGAUCCAGAGAACAUACUGUUAAUCACAGACUCGUACAAAGUCUCUCAUCAUAAGCAGUAUCCAUCAGGUACGACCAUAGUAUUCUCAUAUUUUGAAAGCAGAGGAGGAAAGUUUCCAGAAGUGUGUUUCUUCGGCUUGCAAUACUUGAUAAAGAGAUGGCUAGAGGGUCAAGUGGUAACAGCAGAAAAAAUUCAGCAGGCAACAGAAUUCUACAAGUUACAUUUUGGUUACGAUCUAUUCAAUGAAGAAGGUUGGAAGUACAUCUUGGAAAAGCAUGGAGGAAAGCUACCUCUCAGAAUAAGAGCUGUACCUGAAGGUUCAGUGGUUCCUGUUAAAAAUGUUUUGUUUACAGUUCAAAACACAGAUCCCAAUUGUCCCUGGCUCACAAACUGGGUUGAGACACUUCUUGUUCAGUGCUGGUAUCCCAUGACAGUUGCCACAAACUCAAGAGCCCAGAAACAGAUCAUAGCUGAAUACCUUCUUGAAACAGCAGACAAUUUGGAUGGACUCCCAUUUAAACUGCAUGAUUUUGGUUUCCGUGGCAGCACAUCUGUUGAGUCAGCAUCCCUUGGUGGUGCAGCUCAUCUUGUAAACUUCUGUGGAACUGAUACAGUGGCUGGCAUGGUUCUAGCCAGGAAUUAUUAUGGCUGUGAAAUUGCUGGUUUUUCAAUCCCAGCAGCUGAACACAGUACAAUUACAACUUGGGGGAAAGAAGGAGAGAAAGAGGCUUUUAGGAACAUGUUGGAACAGUUUCCAACUGGAUUAGUUGCUUGUGUCAGUGAUAGCUAUAACAUUUGGGAGGCUUGUGAAAAAUACUGGGGAGAAGACUUGAAAGAUCUUGUUGUAGAUCGGGGAACAAACAAAAAGGGUGUGCUCGUCAUUCGUCCAGAUUCAGGAAACCCUGCAGAAGUGGUGGUCAAGAUAUUGAAUAUUUUGUAUAGAAAAUUUGGAGGGGAGAAAAAUUCUAAAGGCUUCCACUUACUACCACCUUACCUUAGAAUAAUCCAGGGUGAUGGCAUCAGCUAUGAAACCCUGUCUGAAAUUUUGGAAAACAUGAAGAAGCACAAAUGGAGCGCUGAUAACAUCGCAUUUGGAAGCGGAGGUGCUUUGUUACAGAAAUUGGAUCGUGACACUCAGAAAUGUGCCUACAAGUGUUGCUUUGCAGUUAUUAACGAAAAACCGGUGAACGUGUAUAAGCAACCCAUCACUGAUUCUACUAAGCAUUCAAAGAAAGGGUUGUUGUCGCUCGAACUGGAUGACACAGGAAAAUUCGUAACGGUUGAGGAAGGAAAAGGAAAUGCAGACAAGGAUCUUCUCGAGACUGUUUUUGAAAACGGUGUCCUUGUGAAGGAGUAUACUUUUGCACAAGUCAGAGAGAAUGCUGAGAUCCCUUUGGUAAAAGAAGCAAAGAAAAACAAAGAAAAGAUGUAGUACUUGUUUGCAUUCGUGUAAAUUUAAUUUUCUAUUUGUUGUCUCUUCACUCAUAGCAUGCACUUGUUUAGCUGGAGAACUCAGAUCUGUUAAUGAAAGCCAGCUUGACUGGUCUAAGAAUUGUAUGAUAAGAUUGGUAGAAUGUGCGAUCACACUUUUGUUUAGAGUACUGUUUUGACUGAGGAGAAACUUAAUAACUUACAAGACGUAUCCUUCUGUAUUCCACUUGAAAUGGUAAGCGUAAGAGGCUAUCGGCGGUAACUAUGCAGUCAGGUGAAUUUAGCAAGAUCUCAAAAAACGGUGACAGUAGUUCUCACACCGUAAGAGUUUCCCUCCUCGCUGUGUAAGCUUGAAGGAACGAGCAACUCUGGAGGGUACGUGGAGGGAAUGAAAAUUGUAAUUUUUUUGUGUCUGGUGUGAGUUGCUGGUUCCCUUUCCCUAUUUUUCCUGGUGUUUAUUACACUGCACAUGCGGUUUGACACCAUCUCGCAGUGUGGGAGGAGGGAGAGAUCUCUUUUUAAUUGAGGGUAGAGUGUAGUCCGUACUGAUGGGAAGACUCGAAAAGACGCAGGUGAUAGCACUUUGUGAAUCAGGACACUGUACCAGGUAAGAGGAUAGUUAUUAUACCUUAAUCUUGAUUGGUAGGUCAGACCAUGUGGUAUCCAUAGAUAUCCAGUGAAUGAAGCGCUUGAGUUGUUCACUUCCUGAAAAAUUACUUGGGGAUGAGUUUGAUUCGCUUUGUCUGCUGUGCGUUUAGAACUUUAAACUAUUUGUGUACGUAGCUUUUAAAAUUUUAAAAUUUGGGAAUCAUUUAUAAGCAGUUCAUAAGCACCGAAUCAUUUCGUUUAGAAUGGUAGUGUUUAUUCUACAAAACUUAGCACAGCAAUAGUGCGAAAACAUAUUUCAUACCAGUACGAAUGUCAAGUAUCUUACAAAUACAUAGAGAGAAAGUGUGCGAACAGUUUACAUAACACAUGAAAGGGGAUUUGGCGUAAAAGAGAGAACGCUGACCACAAGGAAAGCUUUCGUUAACUUACAGGCAGAGCUGAUCAAGUGAUAGCUUGUAAAUAAAGGUGUUUUAUCUGCAGGCUUGUCAUUUAGAGGCCUCUUUCCUGUUUUUUAGUAACGCAUAUAAAUCACCUUCGUGUCUUGAAGUUUCUUAAUGAGAAGAACUUUGAAAGUAAAAUGAUGAAAAUUGUAUCGUUGCGUUUGGUGAUAAUUUUCUGAGGUCAGGAAAAGUAGACUCUAUGAGUUUUCCAAAUUGUUGUCCCAAGAAGGCUGCCUUAGACCUUUGAGAUAUUUAUGGAGCUUUUUUUUCCUCCCUAUGGUGGAGGUUCUUUUGGCAUCUUGCACAUAAGUGAACAUCUAAAUAUUACAACCGCAGAGUAUUUAAUUUGAGUUUAUCCGUGUUAUUAAGAUAGGUGAACGUCAACAUAUUUUUAGAAAAAUUGCAAUUUCCACUAGAGUGUUUAAAUCUAUGGCGGCAUUUUCAUAAUACUUGGGUAGUAAUUGUAGUCGGUGUAAUGAGCCAAUCAGAAUUCAAAGAUUUUCAAUCGCGUUUAGCCGUGGGAAAGUAGCGAAACGUAGAUCACAAUUGUUUGAGUUUUGUAACAGAGCGGUCAAACGACCGCGCAUGCACGAGCGUUGCGCUCUAAAGGGCGUGCUUAAAUAAGCUUUGUGUUCGGAAAGUCGAGUUUUCCUUUUUCCUUCAUUUGUUCCCUUUUAAAAUUUCCAUGAACGUUUCCAUUUUCUUUAGCUUAUUUUGCGAGACAACGGUUGUUUCUUAUGUCUUUCUAUGAAAUUUUGCGCGAAAAAUUGGCGCGUGGACCGCCAAAAUUGAUUCCCUUGCGCAUGCACGACGUUUGACCGCUUUGUUGGGUUUUUCAUAUGAUUGGACGAGGAUAAGACAGCGUUGUUCAGGUUGGCUCGUUCCCAUUCCCUCCCUGUUUUCUUUUUACUGUUAACUCUUAAACUCGACCUUUAAUACUCUUCUUAUAGAUGUGAAAUUUUUUAUAGAUAGCAAUGUCAACAUUAUAUAGUCUAAUGGUGUUUAUUUCCUUAGGAGUGAGUGAUACUAAAAAAAAAACGCAUUUGAUAUUUAUAUUCCGUAGGUGUAAGAAUUAUGAUGUCAAUAAACUCUUUAAAUUUAA